CUGUUCAAAGCUCUUAGCUUUCAUCAGUUUCUUUUACCUUUUUUCUCUCUCUCUCUCCAUAAACUCAAAACUCAAAUUUUCUUCAGAGGAGUUGCAAAAGUCUUGACCUUUUGUCUACUUUUUUCUUUUCUUGUUGUACUUUGCGUUUGUCUGAACAAUGGUGAGUUCCUCAACCACGAUCUCUGCUUCUUGUGCAUCAAAAGGGUCUCCAUCUCUUUCACCCCAAAAGAAGAUUACGCUUAAGGUCAAGGCCCAACAGGAUGGGGGAGAGGAUGUAUACAAGAUUGGUUAUGGUGCACAUUUGAAAAAACUAAUGGAUGCAUACUGCACCAAGAGAAACUUAGAGAGAACCACUGUCAGAUUCAUCUUUCGCUAUAAAGAGCUCAAACCGCGUCAGACUCCUGCUCAGUUGAUGAUGGAAGAAGGCGACAUCAUUGAUAUUGUGACCGAUCAAGGCGGUGGUUAAUCUCGCCGGAAUUUCUUUAUAAUGAAGUAUUUUUUAGGCGUUUAUAAAAAGGAAGAGUUUAACUUUUAGAUCUUCAUUAUCAAACUCUUGAGUUUCUGGUUUGUAGUUUUGUUGGUACAUCUUAAAGUUUGA